CCCAGAGACUUUCAGCCUCGCAUGAACACGUAUCUGGUGAAGUGUAUGCAGUUGCUAGCGCGCAGGCUGCGAUGGCUAAAACCGGGGAUCUGAAAACGCUCUUGGAGUCCUCUCUGAACGAGAUUUUUAAAGCAACUGUCAGCGACAUCCUGGACUCGGUGGACCGGACCCUGUCCGAGUACCAGGGAACAAUACAAAGGAUCGAGUCUGAAAACGAGGGCCUGAAGCGGCUGCUUUUUGCACAGAAGAACACAGAGUCUGCACCUGCAGAUCUACAUGAACAAGAGACCACUGAAACAUUUCCAGCUCCAGAAUGGAGGAAUCAUCUGAAUGGGUCCACCCAGGGUAUGUUCAAAGUGUCCAUAUGCAGCAGUGACAAGAAGAGCUUCAGGAGGAAAAAUAAAGAAAAGAUGAGGGUGGAUGUGUCAUCUUCACCCUUUUUUCUGCAGACCAACCACACUGUACAACAUCCAUGCGUGAACACAUCUGAUAUGAAAACUGGGAUAUCUGUAAAACCAGAGUCAGAGGCUAUUGAUCUCUCUCAGGCAUCAACACUUCUGAAUUUGACAAUGAAACCAAUUAAAAAUGAGAGCACAGAGGUCAGUUGUGACAGUCGUGAUGAAUACACACGUCUGCAGCCAUCCCCAGUGCCUGGACAAGACUGUAGGGGAAAUGACAGUGAUGUUAAAGUCAACAUUGUUUCUGACCAGUACACGCAGGAUGGACAGUUCAUUGAGGCAGAGGAAGAGGGGCAGAAUGGGGCAUUGAUGUAUGCUAAUGGCAACAGUUUCUCUCAGCAUGAAUUGAAGUAUGAAUUGAAAUAUUACCCAGAACCAGAAAUGGGUCAAGAAGGAGAGAGCAUACAGGUGGUGGAGCCAGAAGUAGUGAUGCCUAAAGAAAAUGAUUCACCUGCUGUUCUCGCAGAUGGGUUUUUAGAAGAUCGUGACAACUUUUUGCGUUGUCCCACCUGUCCCAAAACCUUUAGUCGAGCGACCUCGCUCAACAACCACAUAAAGACCCACAGCAGUGAGAAGACUCACAGCUGCAGCUAUUGUGGUAAAUGCUUCAGCCGGGUCGACCUUCUCAAAGCCCAUAAGCGUACUCACACAGGAGAAAGACCCUACAGCUGUAAUAUGUGCAGUAAAACCUAUGCCCAUCCCAGUCAACUCAGGAUACACAAACGCAUCCACACUGGAGAGAAGCCGUAUUGUUGCUCACAUUGUGGGAAGCGCUUCAAUGAGCACAACCAGCUCAAAGUCCACUUGAGGACUCACACUGGGGAAAGGCCGUACAGCUGCCAAGAGUGUGGCAAAACAUUCAGCAACGCAGGAAACCUGCGCAUACACGAGAGGAUCCACACUGGUGAGAAGCCGUAUUGCUGUGCCCAGUGUGGGAAAAGGUUCAACGGCUUGGGUGACCUUAAAACACAUUAUAGGAUUCACACCGGUGAGAGGCCAUACAGCUGUGAGCUGUGUAAGAAGACCUUCAGCCAGGCGGGCCAUCUCACCAUCCACAUGCGGAUGCACACAGGAGAAAGACCGUACAGCUGCAAUGAGUGUGGCAAGAAAUUUACAGUGGCCAGCAGCCUUAAACUGCACCAGAGGACUCACACAGGCGAGAAGGAGUACAGCUGCUCAUACUGCAGCAAGAGCUUCAGCAGGUCUGGUCACCUGAAGAGACACGAGCUGGUCCACACCAAGGAGAAGGUAUUCCUAUGCAGCCAGUGCGGGAAGACCUACACAGACCAGUCCUCCCUAAAAAAGCACCUGAAGAUACACGUAGCAAAGGAGCAAGAGGCUCAGAGCAAAGGAAGCACAUGUGAGGCUGAAAGAAACUUAGACAGUGCGGCAGCCUCAGAGACACUUUCAGACACUGUUAGAAGUUAAAAUCAAACCAUAGGAGGUGAGUAAUUUAAAAAAUGACAAUGAGUAUUGUAUGUGAUUGUACUCAAUGUGAUAAUGGUACACUUACUAGCUUUUUAAGAGCUUUUUAAACACAUCUCCCUGCCUACUUCUGCAGACAGAGUUUGAGUGAAUUUUAUGGUAAUGGGGUGCAUGAGCCAUCAGUUUUUAUAUCACAGCUUUGGGGAAUUCCAGGGAAAGGAUGGGAGACAAGAGCCUGAAUCAUCACCGGAUUUCUGAGUAAAACUAUUUGACCAGAUAUCAGAAAACUAUACCUUUGUUUGUUUGCCACACAAAAAAGAAUAUUCACAUUAGCAAUGGAGCCAGCAACAGGUGCCAAAGUCGUCCAAGACAUUUAAAAAAAAAUGUACACACGUACAAAUAGGUGCCCUGUUAUUAAUAUUAAUGCUUAUAGAACAGUAAUAUUGUUGUAAAAUUGUUUGCAGCCAACAGGAAAAAAUAAAGGAAUAAAGAUGCUCUUAGUAUCGUUGCAGGAUCGAUGACACUAUUUUCCAGAGAGCUGAUUGGUCAGUGGGUGUUGAUUUCAUAGGUGUUGAUCUCCAAUCUGCUCUGGAGCAGGCUUUGUCUGCAGCCUAAGUUACCAUGGUGAUAUACCCCAGUAAGGAGGGAACCACCUUCAUAAUACUUAACCCUGAAGUAACCUGGGUAAACCCAAACCCUGCUUUAUAGCACAGGCCUCUGAUGCCUCAUCUUCAGGAAAAAUCAAUUCUAGCAUAAUUAUUUGACACAUCUCAAGUCUCAAAGCCCGGUGAAGCGGCCAUAUCACCAUGGCAGAAAAAAAAUAAAGGUUUCUGUGGUUUGUUUGUUUGUUUGUUUGUUUGUUUGUAAAUGCAGCUUUUACUGUGAGCUGUGGUUGAAAGCUCUAAAAAGCCUGUAAGUGGACCUGAAGUUAACAUUAAUUUGUGAAACUACUGUUGUUGAGGGCGGGAAUGACAUUUCAGAUUGGAUUGUGUGUGCGUGCGUGUGUGUGUGUGCGUGUGUGUGUGGGCGCGCUUGUGGUGCAGUGCAAUACACUGUUGUUUAGUCUGUGCUGUGAUUAAUCUAUUGUGAAUGGAAAAAACUCUACAGUUUCCUUUGUUGUCCCCUCUGUCAUAACACACUGUAAGAGAUUCUGGCUUUUUUUUUUUUUUUUUUAUAAUUUAGCUCUAUGUUACCAUAAUGGUGUUGUGUUUUUAAAAAUGCUUUACUUUACUUAAAAAGACAAAUUAUUGACUUUAAGGCACCAAAUCUCUGUUACACACUUAUGUUCAGUAGCUGCUACUUUAAGAUCCCUCCUCAAAAUAAAAUCUAAAUUUAAAACAGGGGGUAGUGCAAGAACAGCACUAUAAUUGUUACAUCAUGUAUACACUUAAUAACAAACAGUGUAGUCAAAGUUGAUUAAUUUAAUGCUGUACAUAGCUUUAAUUAUAGAGUUGGUACUCUGAUCCAUUGACCUGAGAAGAAUGUAUCUGUGUAAUAAUAUCAGUGGAACAGAAUGUUUCUUUAAGUAUUAAGGAUUGAGUGAUUUUAGAUGUAAAUUAGUGACUGUUUGGUAAGUCAUGCUGAUCUUAGAGGAGUUGCUCACGGUCAGGUACAGCUGACAUGCACAGUAGUAAGGUCUUAUGUUCUGUUUGUUGGGAACUGCUUGAUGUAUAUGAAUUCAUGUGAGACAUGUGGCCGCCUACGUGGUACUUAAAUUCUGUUG